AUGAAUUCGACCACCGAAAAACUCGCUUUCUUAUUCGGUCUCUUAGGUAACAUCGUGUCAUUCAUGGUGUUCUUGGCGCCAAUGCCGACAUUUUACAGAAUUUACCAGAAGAAAUCAUCGGAAGGGUUCCAAUCCAUACCGUAUGUGGUUGCACUUUUGAGUGCAAUGUUAUUGUUGUAUUAUGGUUUGCUCAAGACAAAUGCUAUGUUGAUCAUCAGCAUCAAUGCCUUUGGAAUUGUUAUUGAACUUGCUUACCUCAUAUUCUAUUUCACAUAUGCUCCCAAGAAGCAGAGGAUAUUUACGUUGAAGUUGGUUCUGCUGGUAAUUGUAAUGUAUGGGUUGACGGUGGCAAUCACUAUCUUCCUUCUAAGUGGAACCAAACGCGUUAGCGCAGUUGGGUGGAUCUGUGCUGUGUUUAACAUUGCUGUUUUUGCAGCUCCUUUAAGCAUUAUGAGGCAAGUAAUACGAACCAGGAGUGUGGAAUACAUGCCAUUUACUUUGUCUUUAUUCCUAACACUUUGUGCUACCAUGUGGUUCUUCUACGGACUUUUCACACAGGAUUACUACAUCGCAUUACCAAACGUAUUGGGAUUUCUAUUCGGCAUCGCACAGAUGAUCCUGUACAUGGUAUACAGGAACUCGGGGAAAGAUCAUAAUGAGAUUGAAGCAAAAACAAGUACUAAUGGUGGUGAUCUAGAGAUGAGGUAUAAGCAGUUAAGUGUGACCAGUACCAGUCAUCAGAAAUUGUAUCGCAGUAUCAGUACAUGA